UUUGGUUACACAGAGAGAAAGAGAGAGAGAGAUUGAGCCAUGUUGACCAUGGCUAAAUCCUCGCCAACCUUAUUCUGGGUCUCACCGAAUUUCUAUGAUUAUAAAAGAGACUUUGCGAAAACCUCUAAUGAUUGUUCUAUUUUCUUUCAACCCUCUCCAAGAACCAACGUUUUAUCUUCUAAUUCAAGUUCUUCUUUCGCUCUAAUCCAGGCCUCGGCUUCACUUGCCAAGACUCAGACGACCACUAGAGGGAUAGCCGAUAACAACAAUGGCGAAAUUAGCUAUUUCUGCGAGAUGGGUAAUUUGAAAAACGCCAUGGAAUUGCUUUGCGGGUCCGAAAAGUCCGAGCUCGAGUCGAGGACUUAUUGCUCCGUCUUGGAGCUCUGUGCUCAACGUAAAUCUCUACGAGAUGGUAAAAGGGUUCACUCUGUUAUUCGUGAUAGUGGCGUAGAAGUUGAUGGAUAUUUGGGUGAAAAACUAGUUUUCAUGUAUGUGAAUUGUGGAGAUUUGAGGGAAGCUAGACGUAUUUUUGAUAACAUUUACACUGACAGGGUUUUUGUCUGGAAUCUUGUGAUAAAUGAAUAUGCAAAGAUUCGUAAUUUUAGGGAAAGUGUAAGCUUGUUUAAGAAGAUGCAAGAGUUGGGUAUCCAAGCUAAUUCUCAUACUUUGUCUUGUGUUUUGAAGUGUUUUGGGGCGUUAGGGAAUCUAAAAGAAGGUGAAAGAAUUCAUGCGUAUUUGUAUAAAUUGGGUUUUGGUUGUUACAAUACGGUCCUGAAUUCUCUAGUGGCUUUUUAUUUCAAAAGUGGAAGGGUGGAAAGUGCACAAAAGGUGUUUGAUGAAUUGACUGACCGAGAUGUUAUAUCAUGGAAUUCAAUGAUAAGCGGGUAUUCAUCUAAUGGUCUUGGGGAAAAGGGAGUUGGGAUUUUCGGAAAGAUGCUAAGUUUGGGAGUUAAUGUGGACUUGGCGACAAUAGUGAAUGCUCUUGUGGCCUGUGCAAAUAUUGGAACUCAUCUUUUGGGAAGAGCUGUUCAUGCUUAUGCAAUAAAAGCUUGUUUUGAUGGGGAAAUCAUGUUUCGCAAUACUUUACUAGACAUGUAUUCGAAAUGUGGAGAGUUGGAUGCAGCAGUUCAAGUUUUCGAAAAGACGGGAGAAAGAAGUGUAGUGUCAUGGACUUCAAUGAUAGCAGGUUAUGCAAGAGAAGGUCGUUCUAAUGAGGCAAUCAGACUGUUCUAUGAAAUGGAAAGAAAUGGGGUUAGCCCAGAUAUCUUUACCAUAACCAGCAUACUUCACGCUUGUGCUUGCAGUGGCUCACUAGAAGAUGGAAAAGAUGUCCACAAUUACAUUCGAGAAAGUGGCAUGGAAUCAAAUUUAUUCGUCUGUAAUGCUUUGAUGGAUAUGUAUUCCAAAUGUGGGAGCAUGGACGAUGCUAAUUUGGUUUUCUCUCGUAUGCCUGCAAAGGACAUCAUCUCAUGGAAUACGAUGAUUGGUGGUUACUCCAAAAACCGUCUUCCCAAUGAAGCUCUUAAAUUGUUUGCUGAGAUGCAAGGAAAGUCAAAAGCCGACAGUAUAACAGCGGCUUGUAUCCUUCCAGCGUGUGCUAGCUUAGCAGCCUUAGCCAAGGGCAGGGAAAUCCAUGGUCAUGUUUUAAGAAAUGGCUACUUUCAAGAUCGACAUGUUGCCAACGCACUUGUUGACAUGUAUGUGAAGUGCGGGCUAUUAGCUCUUGCACAAGUACUUUUUGAUAUGAUUCCUGUAAAGGACCUGAUCUCAUGGACGGUUAUGAUUGCUGGAUAUGGGAUGCAUGGAUUUGGACGUGAAGCUAUUGCUGCCUUUGAUGAGAUGAGACACGCCGGAAUUGAACCUGAUGAAGUUUCCUUCAUUUCGAUCCUUUAUGCUUGCAGUCAUUCUGGACUAGAUGAAGGAUGGAGUUUCUUCAAUGUUAUGAGAAAUGAGUACAGCAUUGAGCCCAUGUUGGAGCACUAUGCAUGUAUGGUUGAUCUCCUUUCCCGAACUGGGAAUCUAUCGAAGGCUUAUAGGUUCAUUAGAAAGAUGCCAAUUGAACCAGAUGCCACGAUCUGGGGUGCAUUGCUAUGCGGUUGCAGGACCUACCAUGACGUAAAACUAGCAGAGAGAGUUGCUGAACAUGUUUUUGAACUAGAGCCUGAUAACACGGGCUAUUAUGUUCUUCUUGCCAAUAUAUAUGCAGAGGCAGAAAAGUGGGAAGAAGUGAGAAAGUUAAGGGAGAAGAUUGGUCGGCGAGGUUUGAAGAAGAAUCCAGGCUGUAGCUGGAUAGAGAUCAAGGGCAAAGUUAAUAUCUUUGUUGCAGGAGAUGAUUCACAACCAUUAGCAAAAAAGAUUGAGUCGCUACUGAAGAGGUUAAGAGCAAAAAUGAAGGAAGAAGGUUUCUAUCCCAACAUGAAGUAUGCUUUGAUCAACGCAGAUGAGAUGGAGAAGGAGGUGGCUCUCUGUGGGCACAGUGAGAAGUUAGCUAUGGCCUUUGGAAUGCUGAGCUUGCCACCUGGGAAAACCAUAAGGGUCACCAAGAAUCUUAGAGUUUGCGGUGACUGUCACGAGACGGCCAAGUUCAUUUCCAAAAUGUCGAGCAGGGAAAUUGUCUUGAGAGAUUCAAACCGCUUUCACCAUUUUAAGGACGGCCAUUGUUCGUGCAGAGGUUUCUGGUAAUAUGAAAGAUCGAAUUUGUAGUUCAUUUUGUGAAGAAUCUUCGGGUACUUGUCAACAGUCAACUGACAGAUCUUUCUAGCAACUGUUAGAAGCUAUUAUUAGGAACAGUACCACAGACAGAUAUGAUAAAUGGCCCAUUUCUUGCAUUUGAUAAUAUAGCAACUUGGGGCCAUUUUGUAUGCACAUGGUACAGUUUUGAGCUCAAGGAGAUCCACUAAGUUGGUUUUAAUCACGUUUCAUGUCUACAUAAAAGCCUUUAGGUUUGAAUUGAAAAGACUCUGGACAUCUAGGCUAACUUCAGAUUAACUUUAGGAAGGUUAAAAGUGUUACAACUUAAAAAAUAAACAAAAACUGAAAAAAUAAACAUUUCUGUAAGACUAUUUUUCUCUUGUAUAAUUGUACACUUUGUUGUAUUCCUGUUAGAGCAUUAAUUUCCAAGGUAUAGAACAUGUCCAGCUCACACAUAAGC